AUGGGCUAUCACAGUCCAGAAAGUUGGUGUGGGAGCAACCGGGAGCAGGACUCUGGCCAGCCCUUGCUCUCAGGCCCAGCCCAAGUAUUGUACUGGGAAGAAAAAAGGGCUGGGUAUAGCUUUAUCCAUAUCACUGCUACUGGCAUAAAGGAGUCUUGCAUGGACUGUAUAUCCACUGUUGGCAAAGAGACUCUCCAUCUAGCAGAAACCAGAACAAGCCCAUCACAGAUGGAGAAGACUGUCUCUGAGAUACUUACUGAUGCAAAAGAGGUUGAAGCUAGGCUUACUGACAAAGUUUCAAGUGAGCCUAUCAGCCAAGAGAGAAUGAGCAUACCACAAGUACCACAGGAGAUAUCGCCUUCAUCUAAAGAGAUCAUACCUGACAAAGCUCAACCAUCAAAAGAAAGUGAUUCAUUGAUGAAUGCCAGUAGUGGUUACUCGAGCAAGGACGAUGCCAUAAGCCUCAGUAAUGUGAGCACAAGGUCUGUGUCUGAUGAAGAGAAAAUCUGGUCUGAAACCCAAGAGGAGAAAGAAAUACUAGAAGAAUGCAAAAUGACUAUGGACAAAUACUUCCCACUCUUGCCAAAUGAGGAGGAAGAUAGAGGUUGUUUUGGAGACGUGUCUUCAAAAGGCACAGCCUACUUCACAUCACUACGUUUUCUGCCAAGCCACCUCCAGCCCCAGGUGUAUAAGCAGGCAUUGGAAAAUAUCAGAGGUGCCAGGAACAACAUCAGAAAACUCUUGUACCAUCUCUAUGAAGCAAUUGAAUGGGCUUAUCAAAGAAAGCAAGGUUCUGUGGAUGGGCAGAAUAGCCAUAAGGCCCUUUUUGAGCUGUGGAUCAAGUGGAGCCAGUUUGAAAAUGUCGAUGGUGAUACAAAGUUAUCAGACUUAGAGUUCCUUGAAGCCCUGACUCUGCACAUGUCCUGCAGAAUUUCUCUGAGAUUACAGUCGGCCUUCAUGGACCUCAUGCCUCAGGUCCUUGGUCUCCCAACCAGUAUACAAGACGAUCUCCAACAGGCUUGCUGUGACAUGGAGGAGCUUCAUACCACCUUUUCCACAAGUGGUAGUUUUCAAGAUCUAAACAAGCAUAAUCUGAUACUUAGCCAGUUAAAGCUGACCAAAGCCCAGGGAAGCUUAGAAAAAUUGCUCUGUUUCUUAGAAGGUGAUAUUGCUUCUGGUUGGAUUGCAGGAUCAUUUCCCCCCUUCUGA